GUUUUGUUGUGGUUUCUUUGGAGCCGCCAUGUUUACCCAAAAACUCGGGAACGUUCAUGUAAUUAAUAUAGCGGACGGUGGAAUUUCUGGAGAAGCUGGGGUCAAAGUUGGCCAUGAGUGGUGCGAUGUACUGGGUGGCUGUCAGCAUCCGAUGUGUAACCUCACCGGUGAAAAUAAACCCUAAAGAAAUGAAAGGUCAACGUAAGGGCCAUUAAUGAAGACAAUUCAUCUGUCUACAAGUAUAGAAGGGGAAGUCGAAGGACAGAGCUACCCGCUGGACGCAAAAAAGAGAAAACAAGGUCAAGCGGAUGCCGUGGACUCUGACUUGAGCCUGCUGGACCGAAUUCAGAUCCACCCAAAGCUCGGGGGUCCGUCGGUCGCCCGGGCCGAAGCUCUGCUGCGCGUAAUACCUCUUCGAGUCCUCCUGGAAGAGUGGGAAAACAGGUGGAGGAAGAAAAAAAACAACGACGUUAAAAGAGGGCUUUGACAAACAAAAGCACAGGAGAAAGGCUGGCGGAGUCUGGGUAUAUAAGGCGGUGGAGAGUCGGACCGGUCAUGCCAUACAAGAAGAGCUUCGCAAACAGGACUGGUCAGGACCGGAGUGUGGUGGCAUCUCAGUUUCAGUUACUCAUACUGCUUUGGACCUAUCAGAGAUGAGCACCACGGCGAGGUUUCUGCACAUCCUCUGUGUGUGCGUGUACAUAUCAGCCGUUCAGGCACGGAUAUGGGCCUGGAUGCUAUCGAUGCCCUACAGUCCACCUGAAGAAGGGCCUGUAGGGCUGAAAGACAGAGAGACAGAGAUGCCCCCCAGUAGCCAAAGAGGCGAUUUGGUGGCCUGCGAUCACGAUCGCGCUUGCGGAAAGGGUUUCUCCUGCGACCGCCACUUCGGCCUGUGUGUCCCCCUAAGACAAGAAGGGAAAUAUUGCCGGCGAGACGCCCAGUGCGUCCGUGGGCUCAGCUGCAUGUUCGGCAAAUGCAUCCGGAGCAUCCCGGAAGGACUGGAAGGUGCCCGGUGUAAAGUAGACAAGGAUUGCGGGGCUUCGAUGUGCUGCGCCCGACAUCAUGGCGAGAGGGUGUGUAAGCGGCGGUUGGUCCUGGGUGAGAGCUGCUUCGUACCCGAUGGAGGGCUGGCGUUCAGUAUCAAUCAGAUCUGCCCGUGUGAUGAGGGUCUGCUGUGCCGUGGAAACGGGCAGUCGCAGAAAAGAGAGAUGGAAUUUGUAUAUCAGCCUGAUUUAACCAGCUGGACGUGUCAAGUCCCAAAAUUAUGAGAAUACGCUGCUAUAAAUUUAAUUUAUUUAAUA